AUGAGUGCCCUCACACGCCCCCAUCUUGGGCUUUGCCUCUGGCUGUGGCUGGGUGUCGCCUUGGGACUUGGCCAGGGACAAGCGAGCAGCUGCCUGAGGCUGGCCGUGCUGCCCGAGCACCGGCUGCAGACGAAGUGGAGGGAGGCGGAGGGAAGCGGCUUCGGCUUCCUGGGGCAGGUGAAGCCCGCGGCAGGGGACGCAGAGCAGGAGGUGGUUCUGACCACCAAGGCCCCAGUGGGGCGCUUGAGCCCCUCCAAGGGCUACACCGUGCAGAUCUUCAAGCUCACCGGCUCCGGGAACGCCCUGCUGGCGCAGAGGGAGUUUGUGCGGAAGUCUGACCUGAAGAGUCACGCGACAAGCGGGAGCAGCCGGAAGCCCCCGGAGGCGGCCGCGGAGCCCACACCCUCCCAUGCGGGGAGCCCAGGCCCUGAGCCCCGAGUUGCCUCGUCCCCAGGUCAAGACUCCCCCAAGACGCCAGCCAACCCCCAGUUCUGCGGCACACCCCCCACACCCGGGGACAUGCUCUUCCUGGUGGACGGGUCCUGGAGUGUUGGCCAUAGUCAUUUCCAGCAGGUCAAAGAUUUCCUGGCCAGCAUCAUUGAGCCCUUUGAGAUCGGGCCAAAUAAAGUCCAAGUCGGCCUGACUCAGUACAGUGGAGACCCCCAGACCGAGUGGGACCUCCGCGCCUUCCGCAGCAAGGACAAGGUGCUGGCAGCUGUCUGUAGCCUCCGCUAUAAAGGGGGAAACACGUUCACGGGCCUGGCCCUGACUCACGUGCGGGAGCAGAACCUGAAGCCGGGAGCGGGGCCCCGCCCAGAGGCAGCCAAGGUGGUGGUCCUAGUGACGGACGGCAAAUCCCAGGACGAUGCCCAUGCUGCUGGCCGCGUCCUCAAGGACCUGGGUGUCGCUGUCUUUGCUGUGGGUGGGCAGAACGCAGACGAGGCCGAGCUGCGGCUCCUGGAGUCCCCCCCGCUAGACAUCACCGUCCACAGCGUGCGGGACUUCCCCCAGCUUGGCACCCUGGCCGGCUUGCUCAGCCGCCUCAUCUGCCAGAAGGUCCAAGGCGGGAGCCAGGGCCCUGGUGACUGUGGCCACCCCGGCCCCGGACACAUCUUCACUCCCGCCAGACUCACCUUGACCCAGGCGACCCCCUCCAGCAUCCACUUGUCCUGGACCCCAGACCCCCAGCUGCCGCUCAAGUAUCUGGUCACGUUGGCCUUCCGGGGUGGCCCCCCACAGGAGGCUCAACUGUGGCUCCUGUUCCGGGUGGUGCUGGACGGGCCUGCCUUGUCCAUGAUGCUUCACAACCUGACCGUUGGCCCCGAGUACUUGGUGUCUGUGCUCCCUGUCGGCGAGGCCGGGGUCGGCGAGGGUCUGGGGGGCCUUGUGACCACAGCACCUCUGCCUCUGCCCCAGGCACUGACCCUGGCUGCAGGGACACCCACCACCGUCCGCCUCACCUGGCGGCCAUUGGCAAGGCCACGCAGUACCUGGUGCCUGCUCGCCAGCCUCCCCGAGCCACCAGGAGGGGAGGCAGAGGAGGGUGCUUGCCAGCAGGUGCAGGUGGGGCAGCCAGAGGUGCUGCUGGAUGGCCUGAAGCCUGGCACGGACUACGACGUCCAGGUGCAGAGCUUGCAAGGGCCGGAGAAGUCGAUCUCUGACCCAGGACCCAGGAACCACCUGACGCUCCCCGACCUGCUGGCAGCCACCAAAUAUAGGGUCCAGGUCUCGGCGGUCUACGGAGCAAGGGAGAGCGCGCCAGUGUCUGCUACAGGCCGGAUGAUCUCUGAUCACGCCCACCCAGGCUUCCACCUCGUGGCUGGCUUCGACCUCGUGGCCGGCUUCGGGCUGGUGGAGCAGGAGCACGCGUCCUUCCGAGGCGUUGCCAUGGAGCGUGCGGCGUCCGGCUGCACCCGGACCUUCACGCUCUUGAAGGACGCUCGGCUGACCCGCUGGGCCAGCUCCCAGCUGGCUGCACCCCCACCGGAGCACACGGUGGUCUUCCUGCUGCGCGCGCUGCCCGAGACUCCCCGUGAGGCCUUUGCUUUACGGCAGAUGAAGGCUGAGGACCUGCAGCCCAUCCUGGGGGUCCUGCUGGACGCUGGCAGGAAGUCUCUGACCUACUUCAACCAUGACCCCAGGGCCACCCUGCAAGAGGUGACCUUUGACCUGCCCGAAGUGAAGAAGAUUUUCUUUGGAAGCUUCCACAAGGUGCACGUGGCCGUGGGCCACUCCAAGGUCAGGCUCUACGUGGACUGCCAGAAGGUGGCCGAGAGGCCAAUUGGGGAGGCCGGCAGCCCACCUGCCACAGGCUUCGUGAUGCUGGGGAGGCUGGCCAAGGCCCGGGGCCCCCGGAGCAGCUCAGCCACAUUACAGCUCCAGCUGCUGCACUUCGUGCGCAGGGACUCCUCAGGGAAGGACGUGUGCUGCGAGCUCCCUGCGGCGGUGGAAGGAUGGAGAGACUGCCUUGCCUUCUCUUCUGCCUGCACCUGUUCCUCGCAGACCCCUGGGCCCCCAGGGCCUCCAGGCCUCCCUGGAAGGAACGGAGCCCCAGGAGAGCAGGGCUUCCCAGGGCUCAGGCCUGUCAAGGCCGCCCCGUUCCUGGUGCUCGGGAGAGCUCGGGGCAGGCCUCCUUUAGAUGCGGAGGCCCACAAAGGCUUCUGA